CCCUCCCACAUUUUCCCAACUCUCUCUCAUAUUUCCUAGAGAAAUAACAGAAUAACAGCUUUUCAAAGCUAAAAAUGGCGCCAAACCAUCAUUCAAAAAUCUUAGUAUUGUUGUUGGUAGUUUUGUCAAUGAUGAUGAGCUUGAUUUGUGGUGAUACAUCAAGUCCUCCUUUAACAUUAGACUACUACAAGUCUUCUUGUCCUCGUUUGCUUAGUAUUGUAAGGAAAGAGAUGGAAUGUGCUGUUCUUUCUGAUACUCGAAAUGCAGCUACAAUUCUUCGUUUACACAUGCAUGAUUGCUUCGUUCAGGGGUGUGAUGGAUCAGUGCUGUUGGAUGAUACAGUGACACUAAAAGGAGAAAAGAAAGCUGAUCAAAAUAAGCAUUCCUUAAGAGGGUUUAAGAUUAUGGAUCGGAUUAAGAUGAUGGUGGAAUCUGAGUGUCCUGGAGUCGUUUCUUGUGCUGAUAUCCUCACUCUUGCUGCCAGGGACGCGGUUAUUUUGGUUGGAGGACCAUAUUGGGAUGUUCCUUUGGGGAGAAAGGAUGCUCAAAGUGCAAGCAAUGAGUUAGCAGAUUCAAACCUUCCUGGUGCAAAUGAAGGUCUUCUUUCCAUCAUCUCAAAGUUCGCUUAUCAAGGCCUCUCUGUCACUGAUAUGGUAGCCCUUUCAGGUGCUCACACCAUCGGAAUGGCACGGUGUGAGAAUUUCAGGGCAAGAAUCUAUGGAGAUUUCGAUAUAACAUCAGAAAAAGACCCCUUGUCAAAGACACACCUUAACAACCUAAGAUCUGUUUGUCCAGCAAUUGGGGGUGACAACAAUGUAUCAGCAAUUGAUUAUGAAACUCCUAAUCUUUUCGAUAACUCGUACUAUCAACUUCUUCUGAAAGGUCAAGGGCUCUUAAACUCGGAUCAGGAAAUGUAUUCUAGCAUGUUUGGGAUCGAAACUAAGUACCUUGUUCGAAAAUAUGCAGAAGAUGGUUUGGAGUUUUUCAAGCAGUUUGCUGAAUCAAUGGUAAAAAUGGGAAAUAUUACUAAUGAUGAUAGUUUUGUUAAUGGGGAAGUUAGGAACAAUUGUAGGUUUGUUAACUCAUUGAGCCACAGUGAGUGAGUUUUCGGUUUUUAUUGUGACCAAGUUCAAAAGAUUAAAUUUUAUGUUGGAAUCUGUUUUAAUAUGAAAUCAGAAAUGUGUAAGAUUAUUUUUGAACCUACAAUAUUUGGAUCAUGUUGUAAUAAAAUGAUAGUUUAAUUUAUAAGAUUAUUGGUGACUUUUCUCUUUCUUGAA